ACCUUCUGCUCUCACAGGUUGUUCCAAGCCCCGUCCAACCUGGCCUUGAACCUGGCCUUGCUCUGCCAAGCGUGCAGCCCCUUCAGCUCAGGCAGGCAUUCCCUGGGGAUUGCUCCUUCCAGCCUGUUGUGUGUGCAGUCUCUUCUGAAGGAUUUUGUUUGGCCCUAAAGCCAAUCCCUGCAGCUCUGUGGCUCUAAAGAAAGUCACCAUCAAAUUAGUGGGUGACACAGAUGUUUGGCACAAGCAACACAGCCUCAGUGCCAGCUGAGGGAUUCCCAGCUGUGUGGGCAAGGCUGAAUUCCCCUGUCUCAAUCAAUGACAGAGGAUGAAUGGAAGGGACAGAGCAGGAGAGUGAAAAUGGUGAGAGCUGUGGAGAGCAUGGUUUGAUUGAUGCAUGUGGCUGGCAAAGAGGAGGGCAGCAAACCUGGUGCUGGACCAGGCCACUCAUCCCUUACCCUCCCUUGGCAGGAGCUCCUGGCAUGUGUGUUCUGAGUCAGCCCAAGAGUGUGGCACCUGAAACUGCCAGAGUCAACCAUGGGGCAGUGAACGUUUUUCCAGCCCCUCCAAUUUCUUGCUCCAUUUAAGUGCCCCCAACAAAUCAGGCCAAGCAAGAGAAUCCUGCAGUGGCAAAGGUGGGGAAGAGAAUUUUCAUGGAAGCAAACAAGGGUCACAGUGUUAUUAAGUGCUGCAGGACUCAGAUUGUCAAAAAUCUCUAACAGAUAAAUAUCCCAAAUCAUUACAUUCUAUAUAAAUAUUGGGGCAAGUGCCUCCCUGAUGUAACAGUGGUUGUAUGGCAGCAAGGAUGGGUUUAGUCCAGUGUGUUUAGAUUCUGUAUUAUUUUAACCAGAUGCUUGGGGGUUUGUUUUCCUCUAGUGGAUAAUAAGGGCCAUCCAAAACAGAGUUGCUGAUUUGCUUGGGUUUCAUUGAAAGAGACACUGCUAAAGGGAGAGGAAAUCCCCAAAAUGAUACUCAGUGAUUAAGCACAUAGAAUAUAGGAUUUCAGUGUUUGCAAAUCCUUUUUUUCAAAUGAACUUGUGGCACUAAUCCUCUAAUGGCAUUAUUUCUUUGGAAUAUAUGCCGGAUUAAGGAGUCACAAUGAGGCAAAGUACAAAAAUCCACAUUAAUCUCUCCCUGAUGGAUGCUGUGUGGGAUGCAACUUAAACUAUUUUGUUCCAAAAUUGGUUCUGUUCCUAACCUUGCCCCAGGUCUAGACAGAGGGAAGAGCAGAUAUAAACAAGUGUGACACUGAGCACUCAGCAGAUGGUCACAGGCCAUUUAACUGGAUACAAAGGAGAAGGCAUCUAUUAUUUUUAAACUCCAAAAGCAAAGCCUGCCCUGUGCUGUCCAUGACAUGCUGCAGGAAGCAGACACAGGGGUCUGACAGGCAGGAGCAGGACUCCUGUUCAGAAGUGUGGCAGGGAGGAGAUGGACAGAGAAACUAACUGGGCACUGCUGGGCCUGGCUGUUGUGAUAUAUCACAUGUUCACAGCACAGCCUGGGCCUAUUGCAAAGUGCUGCUCAUGUUUACAGCCUAGUGCAGCCACCUCGCUCUCCUUAGCCUGCUCUUUUGGGGGAUAAUCCUGUUGUUAUCUCUUCCCUCGUAGCUGAUGUAAAAAAGUUAAAGACUUGCUUUUAAGGAGGAGGAGACCAGGUGUUUCCCUUCUCAUGGGAUUACAGGAAUGCUAUCAUAGUGCCCUUGGGUAUUGUCACUUAUUCAACAGCCUCAAGUGGUGAAAUAACUUCUGAACUGGCAGCACAUCACCUGAAAUACUGAUGUCAGAGCAUGUGAGUUAGCCCAGCCUAACCACUGUAAUUGGUGCUUAACAUGCUUAAGGAUUUCCCCAGUUUUACAGGACAGAGAUUACCAAAUAUUCCCAUUCCAUGUUCUCACUGAACUGCAGUGGGCAUUGAGAACUCUUGGGCCAGGACAGCCCAGGACAUGUUCACAAACACGGGUUGCUUGUUUCAUUCUCAGUCAUUCUGUUGUUAAGCACAAGCAAAGAACUGUCAAAUUCAGUUCUUUACCAACAGAAAUGCUGGGAUUUUCCAUCGUCUGCAUAGCUGAGAUGCCUGGACACAUGAAUUAGCACAAAUUCCUGAUGUGGAUACAGGUCUGUAGUGAGAUGCUGGUUUCAGAAGCUGAGACAGGACAACCACUCCUGGUGUCAGAAAACCCUAAAGUCAACUUGGAGAUAAUUUCUGUUUGGGAAUAGAACUGUGUCCUCCCUUCCUACAGAAAAAGAUAGUUGAUUACAAUGGUUUUGUGCAUUUCUAGCUGCUGUAAAUGUUUCCCAGCAUGGGAAGCUGUCAUGGGCAAGAGGAUUUUCCUGAUGUUCACAUUAAGUUUUUGUUCUUCUCAUCUUACCCUGUUGACUCCUUGCAGCACCCAGUGCCUCAUUCCACCGUGUCUGAAUCCCUUGUCUAAUUUCACACUGAGUCAAGCCUGUCCUCAGGCUGGUGUCUGCUCAGCUGCUUGCAAAUGAAUUGUUGGUUUUGUUUACCUGCUUUAUCAUUCCCCACCAAAAUCACUCCAGUUUGCAUAUGUCUUUAGUGUAUACAGACUCGUGGGUGGUCCCUUGUACUUAAGGAAGUAUAAAUUAUAUUGCAGCAGGUGCAGACAAAGGUGAGCAGGAAAUGAUAAGGGAAAUGAAGAAUUUGCCACAUGAAGGGAGAAGGGUUUGGCUGGUUUAGCCUGCAAAAGGGAAGAGCUCAUAGACUGAAAAAGAUUAUCAAGGCUAAAGAGAUUCAGCAUAAAUGGCCAUGAAUAUGGUUAAGAAAGAAAUUGUGAUGUUUGCCAUUGAGGAAAUCAGACUGAAGGACAGACAGGCUAAAAAGGGUGUACUGGAGUUUGAGGAGUAUAUAAGGUGUGUCCAAUGAUUGCAUUGUAAUGUUGUGUCAUGGUGUUGCCUAGAAGAUGAUGGUGACUUCUCCUCUUGUGUCUCCUGUUGCCCUAAAAUGAUCAGGAGUGUUCGUCCUCCCUUUUUCUUACUGAGCUGUGCAACAUCCAGCUGACAGCAGGACUCUGCUCAGCCUCCAGCACUACUGCUGACCAGUAUGGACAAAAGGGGUGGGAAAACCAAAAGCUUUUCUUCAGGUACUCUUGUAAUCUGAUCUCUGCCGUGACUCAGCCUCUUCUAGCAACAGCUGUGUCAGGGACAUGCAGUGGUUUGCGAGCAGAAGCGAAGAUUUUGCUGCUACUUCCUGAUUUCUGCCUUGGGAGCGAUUUAAACUGGGCACGAUCAGAGCAUUUAAAUGGACUUCUGAGCCCCAGGAACGGCAGACUUUGGGGUAGAGUACAGAGGAAUAGAGGCAUCAGGAAAGAGCUCACAAACCACUUGUGCAGAGCUGCUAUCAAACUGAUGAAGACAGAAACUUGUGAGAGAAAACUGCCCAGAAAGUUCCUAUUAAAGAAAAGAGUGAGGCUUUGUUUGCAUGUCAUGGCUCACCUGCCCCACAGAUCCUGAAGGUGCUGUAAAAACUGAAAACUGUGAAAGGGAUCCUCAGGUGUACCCAUGGAAAAGACAGGUAUGUUCUUUGUUUAAAAUAAUACCUUUCUACUGCAAGAAAUCAGAGCCAGGAAAAGCAGGAUUGCUCUAGAGCUCAGUAACUGUGCAUGUUCAUCAAGGUACAUUGGUUUGUAUCAAUUUUGUAUUUCUAAGGAAUAGAGCUGUGACAGCAGAUUAAUGCCAGAUUUUAAACAGUGCCUCAGCUUUUUAUAAGUGCUCUGCUCUUGAACACUUGUACCAUGGCUAUGAUAGAUAGUUGGAUGGAGGCAACGGUGGCAAAUUCUCAGUGCAUCUGCCAUCAUGGAAAAAGGUAAGCAAGAGUAAAUGUUACUAAAUCUAAUUCUGUCUGCUGAUCCCCUGAAAGAUGACCAGAACUGCCAGGAUAGACAUGAAGAGGACAACCCAAAGAGUUCCCCGUUUGACUUUGUUAUGAAACAGUUCCAAGGAAAGAAGUGUGCUCCUGAAAAAAGCAAAGAGAAGCCUUCAGCCAUAAAACAAUUCUUCAAAGGCUUUGACUUCGGGAAAUCUGAAGACAAGGACAGAAGGGAAAUUGAAGAAACAGAAAUAAACAAUGCUGAAACUGAUGAUCAGAGUGAAAAGCAAAAUGUCUCUGUAGAAGAUGGACUUUCACAUCUCCCUUCUGAAGCAGAGUCACCAUCUGGUGAGCAGAGAUUUAACCAGUUCAUGGAGAAACUGGGAAAGAAACCAAACAGCAAGAAUCUGGAUCUAAAUAAUUGUGCACUAAGUGCAGCAGAUAUAACAGAGCUGGCUUCCUUAUUGCCGUUUCUCCCAGAGCUGGAAGAGAUCAGCCUGUCCUGGAAUGGUUGUGUUGGAGGGACUUUGAGAGCUCUCACUGUCCAUCUUCAUCAUGUGAACCUGUUAAAAGUCCUCCGACUUAACAACUGCAGACUGACAGCUGAGGAUGUCAUCUCCUUAGGUACAGGAUUUCAUUUACAUUUACUUCCAGACAGCUUGGGGCUAAUGUCAUCCAUCUCAUCUCUUCCUACAUCCUACUCCUCCUGCUUCCACACUGGGCAAGGAGAGGCAUUUGAAAUUGUUUCUCAGCUUGAAGAGCUGGAUUUAUCAUGGAACAGUAACAUAGGUGGAAAACUAUCACUGCUGACAAAAAAGCUUCAGGAAGGAUGCAAAUUAAAAUGUCUGAAAAUUACGGACUGUAGCCUGACGGCAAAGGAUGGAGAAUCCCUUGCUGAAAUUCUAAAUGUGAUCCCAAACCUUGAAGUAUUAGAUGUCUCUAUCAACAAAAACAUUGGCUGCAGCAUGAAGGUUAUUGCUCAGGAUCUGAAAAAUGUGCCAGGCUUGAAAGAGUUAAACUUGCACAUGUGUGGAUUAAAGCAAGACAGCCUCCAGGGCUUAGACACUGCUUUACAGCACCUUGCAGAGCUAAGGAAAUUAGAUAUCUCAUGUAACAGAGAGAUUGGUGGUGGCUUUAAAACCUCAACAGCUCAUUUGGCCAGCUUGAAAAAUCUGGAAGUCCUUGAUCUUCAUCAGUGCUGUAUCACAGAAGAGGACAUGACUGUUUUGUCCCAGGUGAUACCUUUACUCUCCAGUCUUCAAGAGCUAAAUUUAUCCUCAAAUAAAAAUGUGGGACUCUCAUCAGAUCCUCUUCUGGGCAGGCUCAGGUUUUUACCAAAGCUGAGAUCUGUGACCAUCAGCAAUUGUGGCUUGGAUGAAGAGUCCCUUUCAUCACUAGCUGAGGCUGCCCUUCACCUUCCUGAACUGGAGAUAUUAGACCUUUCUUGGAAUAAGUGCGUUGGUGGGAACCUAAAGCUGCUUUUGGGAGCACUAAAGCUUGCAACUGAGAUUCAAGUGUUAAGACUGAGCAGCUGUAACCUGGUGGCUGAAGAUUUGGCACUUCUAACAUCCCUGAGGCAAGAUGGCCAUUUAGCCAGAUUGCAGAAGCUGGAUUUGAGUUAUAACAACAACAUCUCUGAUGAAGGCUGGGCUGUCUUCUGCCAAGGUUUAGGAGCAUUCAAGGAACUCUCGGAGCUGGAUGUGAGCCUCCGGCCGUCGUCCUGCCGGGACUGCGGGCUGUGGUUCAGGGAGUUGUUGGCAGCACUGACACAGCUUCCAGCCUUGGCAGAGCUGGGCAUGCAAAGAUGGGCCCUUUCAGAGUCCCAGAGGAAGCAAAUGGAAGGCUUUAAUCAAGACAACAGAAGAAACAUUCGUUUUGACUGUUGAUGAAGGUUGGAGGUGUCUGGAAGGCCUUAUGGGAGCAGCACAUGAACCAAGCAUUUUGUGUCUCAGACUGCAGUUUUUAAUAAUCUCUUGAAAUAGUUCCACAAUUAUAGAAAACUGUUAUUUGACCUUCUGCACCACAGAUCAUUCCAUUUAAUAAUGUUCUUUCAGAUUCUCUGGGCCACGCUUACACUACUUCAUGUUGUGAAUACUGCCAAGGCCACUUCCCACUGAGCAGUGCUGGGGUCAGAGGGACAUGCUGCAGGUUUGGCCAUGGAGGGAAGGGCUGGGGUUUGUGUUAAUUCAGGUGUGUGGGCAGUGUGAAUGUGGCCCCCGAAAAUACCUCUAAUGUGAAAAUACUUGAUACCUCCAUGUUUUAAAUUUUAGCUGCUUCUCCCUCCAAACUUUUGCCCCUUUGUGAAUUAAUCAAAUCAUAACUGGGAGGCUUUGCAUCCAUCCCAACAACUCAACAUCAUAGAUUGGUCCAGGAAGGAGAGUACAAAAGGAGCUGGUCUGCCUCUGUUCUGGCCCUUGAUGCCAUCUCAUAGUGUAGAUGAGUCCUGUGUAGAGUCAACAUAAAAUCAAGAUAAGAAACACUUAAUUGGUGUCUUUGCAAGUCUCAGGGGCAAAGUACAGUACAUUAAAUCAGAGAUAUGUCCUGCUACUUUAACAAGAAUUUUGGAUACAGAGUAAUCAAUAAAUGCCAAAUUCAAGUCA